AUGAAGGUUCGCAGUGAAGGUAUGGUUGCGAUUUGUGUGGCUUCCUCAGACAUCACCGCUCUUUUGCUCAGCGGUGGUCGAAUGGUUUAUUCAACAUUUAAAAUUCCCAUUAACGUCAAUGAUAGUUCAUUUUGUUCAAUUGAAAAAAACUCUGCUCAUGCUAAUUUAAUAUGUUGCACAUCCCUUAUUAUUUGGGAUGAAGUAUUAAUACAACAUCAUCACUUUGUUGAGGCAGCUGAUCGCACCUUACGAGAUAUUUGUGAUGAUCAACGUUCAUUUAGAGGAAUUACAGUUGUAUUCAGCAGUGAUUUCUGUCAAACUUUGCCUGUUGUUGUUAAGGGCUCUUGGGAACAAAUUGGAAAUGACGUUAAUAAAUCUAAAGUUGCCAUUCCAGAAAACAUAAGAGUUAGUCCUGAUUUAAAAUCUCUUAUCGACGCAGUUUAUUAUAACAUCGGUGUCGAAGGUAUAUGCACUAAUCAAUAUCUUAAGGACUGGAUAAUACUCUCCUCACGCAAUGAUGAUGUUGAUACUAUUAACCGUACCAUUCUUAACAUCUUUCCUGAAAAUAAACAGACAUAUUUAAGUUUGAAUAAUGUUGUUAUAGAGGAAGGUGCUGAUAAUAUUGGAAAUAUCUAUCCCGUUGAAUACCUAAAUUCUCUUAAUCCUGCUGGUAUGCCACCGUCAAAACUUGAUCUCAAGAUUGGAUGUCCUAUUAUACUUUUUCGCAACCUUUCAUCUUAUCAGGGUCUUUGCAAUGGUUCUCGCUUAGUUGUAACAAGACUUACAGAUCAUAUAGUUGAGGUUGCAUUUUAUGCG